GGUCGCCACGCUCCGCCCUCAUGUUCACCCCUGUUGUGGUUGACUUGGAAACCGUCGCAGCGUCGUUGGUGAAGUCGGAGGACAGCACAAUCACUGCAGGGAUGAACUACUGGAUUACUCUUACUUUGCACUCAGCAUGAGAGACAUAACGGUGCCUGAGGAUGCCAGCAGGUGAGAGUGAAGCCCGGGCAAAGACCCGGGAAAGAUUCAAUGAAGUCUUCAAGAAAUACUCUGAUUCAGAGAAGAAAAAGUUGAAGAAGAAAAACACGGAAAGUCAGGAGACUAUUGUGCUUCAGAAUCUAAAAAAGAAUCUCAACCUUGAGAAGGACAUAGAAGAGGAUGAGACCAUCCUCCAGAACACAUAUCACCCCGAACAGGGCAGCCCUCGCUACACUAAGAAUAAACGAAGAGAGAAGGAAACAGUGGAAAAGGUUAAUAUCAACAACAGUACAGACCAAGAAGAGACUCAAACAUCAAAAAGCAAGAGGAAAAGUAAGAGGGAGCUUCCCUCCCCCCCUGUACCUGACGAUACCACAGGUUACUUCCAGCAGGAUGCGGAUGCUUCCAAUUCUGAGAUUGCUUUAGAGCCAGAUGAUGUAGAUGGUGGAAAGGAACCAAAGAGAAAAAGUAACAAGGGGAAAAGCAAAGGAAAUACAGAGACCAAGGCAGAGAGUCAGGUGGAGGAUGCAGGGGAAACGCUGCUGCAUCAAUACCAGCAGCAGAUUGCACAGGAGGAGCAGAGCACUUUAAAGAAGACAAGCGCCAAGACUGAGGAUGACAGCGUUGUCUCCCAAAAUGUUUCGCUAAAUAAUGAUGUUGGAAAGAAGAAAAAGAAAAAGCUGAAAUCUCUCAUGACACAGUCGGAAGUAGGGGAUGAAGAUGAAAAUGCUGACCAGGAUGCUGAUGUGGACAACGAAACUGAAUCCAAGGGAAAGAAAAAGAAGAAGAAGAAAAAACAUGUUGUCAGGGAAGAGAGUGAAACUGAGGCAGAAGUACCACAGAAACCAACAUUUGAUGACAGCCUUGUGCUGGGAGUGUACAUACACAGAACAGAUCGCCUCAAGACCGACCUACUGAUCUCACACCCCAUGGUGAAGAUACAUGUUGUCGAUGAAAGCACUGGACAGUAUGUGAAGAAAGAAGACUGCCAUCGGCCAGUCUCCUCAUUUUAUGAGCAAGAGAGCGUUGACCACAUUCUCCCCAUCAUGACUCAACCUUUUGACUUCAAGAAGAACAAAUCCAUCAUCCCUGAGUGGCAGGAACAGAUCAUCUUCAAUGAACGCUUCGGUUACUUUGUUCAACAAAAUGAUGAAAGCCCCAGAGUUAUACUCCUCUUUGAAAUCCUGGACUUCAUAACCAUGGAAGAAGCAAGAGCUAACGCUGAUGUUGACAAGCAAACACGAGGAUUCAGAAAGAUUGCAUGGGCAUUCCUCAAGCUUGUCGGCACAAAUGGUGUGCUAAAUAUCGACAGUAAACUUCGCCUCCAGCUCUUCUUCCCUCCACCUCGGGCGAAGAGACAAGCAAAAACAAUUGAGGUGGUCGAGUGGUGGAGGAAGUACACCCGAAUCAAAUACGCAUCCACCCUUUAUGUUACGGUGAAAGGCAUUAAACUCCCUGAGCAUGUAGACCCCAGUAUGCGGUCCAUGAUGGCACUGCAGGAGGAGAGGGGUAGCACCUCCUACAGUGACCUGCAGAAUGAGGUCACCAAGAGAAGCCUGACACAGCAUCUGGACAGCAAGCUGCCAGCAUUGAGAUGGAGCAGGCUGCCCGGACAGGUCUGUCGGAUUCCUAACAAGUCCAUGCUGACACUCCGUGGCGGUCAUAUUGGAUGCUUCACAGUGCUCUUCUCUCAUACCGGGACGUUACUGGCCACUGCUUGUGCUGACAGAGAUGCUUUUCCUGUAGUAGUGUAUGAGAUUCCCUCUGGCAAGGUUUUGGCUGACUUCAGUGGCCAUCUCAAAAUAGUCUAUGAUCUGUGCUGGUCCAGAGACGAUCGGAGCCUUUUGUCUGCCUCCUCUGAUGGAACUGUCAAAGAGUGGAACGUGGAGAGGCUUCAGGGAACGGCCCAGAAGGUGCUCCCUCAUCCAUCCUUUGUGUACUGUGCUCAGUACCACCCCACCGCCCAGAACCUGGUGGUAACCGGGGGCUAUGACUCUCUGGUACGAGUGUGGAGGCUUGAUGUCGGUGAUGUGAAUGGCCAGCUGCUGCAGGAGUUUGAGGGUCACAACAGUUUCAUCAACUCAGUUUGUUUUGACUCUGAAGGAAGGAGAAUGUUCUCUGCAGACAAUACAGGCCUAAUCCUUGUGUGGAAAACUGCAGUAAAUGACAGCAAGCGGCAUCCGCCAUGUCAUCGCUGGUGUAUAGAGAAGAAAUUAGAUGAGAGUGACCUCAGAGGUGUCCCCAUCAACAUGCUGCAGCUCCAUCCAAAUGGGCGGUGCCUGCUCAUCCAUGCCAAAGACAGUGUCUUGAGGAUGAUGGACUUGAGAAUCCUGGCUGUGAAGAAGUACACCGGAACCACAAACUACAGAGAGAGGAUCUAUAGCACUUUCACGCCAUGUGGGAACUUAAUCUUCUCUGGUAGCGAAGAUGGGAUGGCAUAUGUCUGGAAUACUGACACAGGUGACCAAGUUGCAGUCUACUCUGAGCUUGGUUACCCCACUGCCCUCCACGGCGUGUCAUUCCACCCUCACGAAAACAUGGUUGCUUUCAGCGCCUUCGGUCAGAGCCAGCCUGUCCACGUGUACCUCUACGAUCGCAGAGUUUCCCAACUGGAGGUUCACAAUAUAAAAGCUGCGAGCAGAUCCAUAUCUACAGACACCAGAACCAUCAGAAACACACCUGACCCAGCAGCGUUACAGGACAGGAUGUCUGCUGCUUCAGCCAUGGAUCAGUUUGCACAAGCAACAAGACUUGCAUUGAAAAUGCAGUGUGUUAAGGAGCAACUGGAUUCAGUGCUUGAACCACAUCUGAGGUCUUCAACUUCUGGAUACAUGUAUGAGCAAGACAAAAUGGGCCGUUCUCACACAGGGAGGAGCUUCACAAUAGAUUCUGGCACAACGGGAUUAAAUGCUUCGUUACCACCUCCGUCUCUCCUGUCGCCGCACUCCAAGCUGCAGCUCUCUGGUUCUCUAGCGGAGCAGUUUAUUCCUCAGGCAGCUCUGAGCACCCAUAACCGUGGGUUCAGUCCAGUCGGUCAGCGUCUAAAAGGAGCGUCAUCUUUCAGGCUACAGACGAGCCUUCCUGACCACAUUUCUUCAGGCAUCAGUGUGGAAACAGAUUCUGUCCCCGUUCAACAAGUAGUGGUCUCUCUCUAUGACUACAGAGCUAAUCGGUCUGAUGAACUGACCAUAUGGCGCGGUGAUGUCAUCCAAGUGCUGUAUAAAGACAAUGACAACUGGUGGUUUGGGCGUCUGGCCAAUGGGCAGCAGGGAUAUUUUCUAGCUUCUUAUGUAGCAGAUCAGGGAGAUUUCAAUGAAGAGGUGACUCAGUCUGUAGAGGCACACGCAGCCUUGUCUGAGGGGACUGUUGAGAGGUCAACACCAACCAGGGUAUCUGCUGCAAUUAGCUCUUCUGGGGAACUGAGGUUUCUUUCUGAGCCGAACCUUUCUGACACAGAACCUGAGUUGACUGAUGCCAGAGCUAGAAGGAAAAAGAAGGUGAAAAUGCCAGGAGUCCCUGCAUCUUCAUCUCGAGCCACAUUUUCAGACGCAGAUGCUUCCGAGUCGCUGAGCACCAGGAGGAGAGGCAGAUCCACAGACAGACCUCUCCCCACGAGACCGACGGGCCGGGCUAAUGGUGCCUUCGAGCCUGAUACAUAAACUUAGGACACAUUGAUUGUUUUCAACUAGAGUGCUUUCAACUUUAUUUUUUUUUUUUCAUACAAAUACAUUUUUGUAAUGGCAGUAAACUCUACAGGUAUUUUUUUUUAUAUUUGAACAGUCAAUAUGUCCUGUAUUGUAUUUAAUACAAAUUGAUCAAUGAAAUGUAAAGAUUUGUCCAGGAAAAAAAUUGUCUUUGCAUAAAGAAUUGUGCAGUUUUAGGGAUAUUUAUUGGCGUAAGCAUGAAUUGACUUGUGUAUCUGUACAUUUUUACUGAUGGUAUACCUUGAAAACUAAAUUUCUAUAAUAUUGUAUUUUAUUUUCUUAGCCUGUAAGAGAUAAACAAAGUUUGUAUAUGCCACUUCUUCACAACUAUAUAAAAAUACAGAUUAUUAAUUUCCAAAUGUUUUGUUAAUCUCUUUCUAUAAAUCAUAUGUAAAGUCAAACUUUUGAUAUCUGAAAUGUUUAAAUAAAUAUGCUUAAGGGCUAUUUUGAUUA